GGGGGCGCCGGGCAGGGCCGCUCCCUCCUUCCCCUCCCCUCCGGGCCCCCCUCUUCCUGUCCCCGAGCACCCCAAGGUCGUUCCCGCGGGGACCCGGCCCGGCCUGCCCCUGCCUUCCUUCAGUGAGGGUUUUGGUGGGGUGGUUUUUUUUUUCCCCUUCCACCUCUUCCUUAUCUCCCCCCGGCCGGCUCCGCACCCACCCCCGUGCGCAGAGGGGGGGGAGAGGGAGGUCGGGCAGCCGGCGGCGGUUCGCAGUGAUAAUCCCCCAUCCCCCCCCUCCGCCCCUUCCUCGGUGGUUGGGGCCCUGAAAGCCUUCGGCUCGGCCCUGCGUAGGGAGAGGGCUGCCCUGGAAGAGCCGUGCAGGAUAAGCCUCUCUCCCCCGGGGUUGGAGCUGCGCAGCAGCUGAGGCCAGCGAGUUGCUGCGGGGGUUGACAUGAGGGGCAGCAUCCCUUGCUCGCAGCGAAAGGGAGGUCUCGCUCCUCGGCUUCCUUUUUCUCUUCGCCAACCCCCAUCUCGCAGCUCUUGAGUGGAAGGUGGUGGGUCAGGAAUCGCGCUGGCGCUUCAGGUACCCCAAAAUCCUGUGCUAAGCGAUCCCCUCACCCCGAGAGAGAGCUGAAGGUUCCUGCCAGCUCCCCUGGCAGCACUGCCUUGGUGAUUCUGAUGGCAGGAGACACGGUCAUGGGCAGAUUGCUGUGGUGACCGCGGUCUGGAAGCGGAGGCGAGCUGCUUGCUGCCCAAGGAAAGGGCUCCCUUGCUUGUGUGGUUGGAGUGGUGCGGGACAAGCCCUUGGAGGCGUGUGCGGAGCGGGGCUCUGGCACCUGGGGCUUCCUCUCCUACUGGAGCUUUUAAAUCCCGGCGUUCCUAUGUUGAAAGCAACAGUUCCUGUUGUGCACCCGCGAUCGACGUGACUGCUUGUGCCUCGCCUGCCUCUCCCAUGUUCUCAGCUCCUGGAGACCCUCUGGCUCGCAGGGCAGCAGGAGGUUGGCCAGCACAAGUUUCUCUCAGCUCAAGGACUCUUGCGGAGGAUGCUCCCAAGUGUCCCAGCGCUGCGUUUUAAACUCCCUCUUACCAGCCGUGCACCCUAUUUCCUUCCUGGUUCGUGCACCUACGUAUUUCCCACCGGCAAACUGGAAACCAGCAGGGUACACGCGGUACCGGUUCAGCGUUCCCUCCCUUCAUCCCUCUGCUGCCUGCUCCUGCACCGAGGAGGGAAGGCAAAGAGCUCCAUGGCAGGACAGGGAACCUCUCUUGCACCUUGCGUGGAGCCCUGGACACCAGGACGAGCUCUCUGUUUAUCCAGAGAGUAGGAAUUGCCUGAGGGACUGCCCUGCUGCCUCUAGCUUGAGAGCUCCUAGGCUGUGUCCCUUCUCCUCCUCCUCGCCAGCGCCAAGCCUCUCGCGUGGAAGAUGGCGGGUGGCGUGGACGGCCCCAUCGGGAUCCCCUUCCCCGAUCACAGCAGCGACAUCCUCAGCAGCCUGAACGAGCAGAGAAACAACGGGCUGCUGUGCGACGUGGUCAUCCUGGUGGAGGGCCAGGAGUUCCCCACCCACCGCUCCGUCCUGGCGGCCUGCAGCCAGUACUUCAAGAAGCUCUUCACCUCAGGGUUAGUGGUGGACCAGCAAAACGUGUAUGAGAUAGACUUUGUGAGUGCGGACGCCCUGUCGGCGCUGCUGGAGUUCGCCUACACCGCGACCCUGACCGUCAGCACUUCCAACGUCAACGACAUCCUCAACGCCGCCACCCUGCUGGAGAUCCCGGCGGUGAGGGAUGUUUGCACGGAUCUCCUGGACAGGAAGAUUCUGGCCAAAAAUGACCAGAUGGAUACAGUAGAUCAAAUUGAUCAAAGGAACCAUCUCAGAGCAAAAGAGUACCUGGAGUUCUUCCAGAGCAACCCCGUCAAUGGCCACCAAGGCAGCUUUCCGUGGACCAACCCAGAGUUGAGAGACCUUCAGAGACUGAACUUCCGAGGCCAAGAGGAGGAGGAGGAGCCGGACUGCAACGGCUUAGACUUCUACUCGCAGACCCCUCUGAACGAAAGACCAAAGGCGAAUGACUGUGAUCCUGACAGCAACCCGGCCAUGUGGCUGGACAGAGAGGAGGAGGAGGCAGCCUCUGGCUCCUUGUUCUCGCCUUCUCAGAACGGACAUUACAGCGGCCGGAGCCUGCCCACGCCGGGCGAAGAGGAGGGGACCCUGGGGGGACCUCUGGACCAGCAGGAAGCCGGCGACUCCCCCAGCUUCGGCCCUGCUGGGGCGGAGACGGAGGACGACGUGCGGGAGGUGGACGGGUUGGCUGCCAGCGCCCUGCUGCAGCAGAUGAUGAAUUCCAUGGGGAGGCAGCAGCUCGGGGAGGACGAGCGGAAGGACGACGAUGGGGUCAUGGAUUAUUACUUGAAAUACUUUGGCAGUUCGAGCGAGGGCGACGUCUACCCGUCCUGGUCCCAGAAGGUGGAGAAGAAGAUCAGGGCAAAAGCAUUCCAAAAGUGCCCCAUCUGCGAUAAGGUGAUCCAGGGGGCUGGCAAGCUGCCGCGCCACAUCCGCACCCACACCGGCGAGAAGCCCUACGAGUGCAACAUCUGCAAAGUCCGAUUCACCAGGCAGGACAAGCUGAAGGUGCACAUGCGGAAGCACACCGGGGAGAAGCCCUACCUGUGCCAGCAGUGCGGUGCCGCCUUCGCCCACAACUACGACUUGAAGAACCACAUGAGAGUCCACACCGGGCUGCGACCCUACCAGUGCGAGAGCUGCUUCAAGACUUUCGUCCGCUCCGACCACUUGCACAGGCACCUUAAAAAAGAUGGAUGCAACGGAAUUCCAUCCCGGCGGGGACGGAAACCCCGGGUGAGGGAUGCCGGAGCUCUGCCUCCUACCCCGACGGGGGGGAACGGCGAGGAUGGAAGUUUUCAAGCCGGAGGGGAGAGUCAGGAAUCAGAGGACACCCUGCAGGGGAACGGGCAGGAGGAGCAGCAGCACUUUGAGGAGAAUUCAACCAACGAAGAGUCAGGAUUGAAUGUAGCAGGAGGGGCUGCGGAGGGUAACACGCAAGGACUCUCCUAAACCAAAAAGAAAAACAAACAAAACAAAUAUUAUAUAUAUAUAUAUAUUAAAAAAAAAAAAAACAACAAAAAAGAGGAGAAAAAAACAAAACAAAACAAAACCACACAGGAAAAAAAAAAAAAAACAACCAAAAAAAAAAAAACCAACAACAAACAAAACCCCAAAACAAAAACCAAACCCCAAACCCUCCCCCUCCCCCCCCAAAGUGUCACACAAAAUCUAGUUAGUAACUUUCUUUUUUUUUUUUUUUUUAAUUCAUUUUCCUCCCUUUUUGGUUUAUUUUUGGGGUCUUUUAAUUUUAUUUACUCUUUUUAAGCUAUUUUUUGUUUGUUGUUUUUUUUUUCCCUCCCCCCCUCCCCUCCCCAAUUAUUAUUUUUUUUAAAGGAAAAACAAAACACAGGGGAAAAAAAAUAUUCGUUGACAAUGAGCAAUGAAAGAGAAAGAAUUUAAUUAAUUAUAUAUAUAUAUAUAUAUAUAUAAAAAAUAUA